AUGGAGUUUGAUAAUGAGAAAGAGGCAUAUGAUUUUUAUAAUGCAUAUGGUGGUCGAAUUGGUUUUAGCAUCCGGAAGGAGUACGGCAAUAAAGUUCAUGGAAGAAUUUUAUCAAAGGUGUUAGUUUGUAGCAAGGAAGUUGUGAAGGGGACUGACAAAUGGGAUGUAUUUAGAAAGACUCCCCGGGCUAAAACACGAACCAAUUGUGGUGCAAAAUGCCACAUGAUGCUGUCCCAGCGACGAAUUUCCUCAGUCCAGGCCAUUGAUAUUGAGUUGGCUUCGGAUUCAGGAGUUCCGGCUUGUAAUGCAUAUGAGUUUAUGGGAAGGCAAUUUGGUGGCAAAGAAUCAGUUGGGUACUUGAAAGUGGAUCUAAAAAAUUAUCUAAGGACGCGAAGACAAAAUAAGUUUUUUUAUGGAGAGGCGGCAUGGCUUGUGGAUUAUUUAGAGACGCGUGCUUGUGAAGAUCUCUCCUUUUUUUAUUCCUUGCAACUGGAUAUUGAGCAAAUGAUUACGAACAUAUUCUGGUCAGAUUAUAGAAUGAUCAUUGAUUAUGGCCAUUUUGGAAAUGUUAUCAGUUUUGACACAGCGUAUAAAGUGGUACACGUGAUGGGCGGAAAAGCGCCAAAGACGAUUAUUAUAGAUCAAGACACUGCAAUGGCGAAGGUAUUAAAGCAGGCAGAUAUUGGCGAUCCAACCAUGUUGUCAUCUCAACAGUUCAGCACUCCCUCUUCAUAUAACGAAUCAAGUGCUUAUCGUUUGGGAGGUGAUAAGACACCUGGGCAAGCGAAUGUGACGCCAACAUCUCGAAUAGCAAUGACGUCGAGGAUGAAUCAUCCAAUUCAGUAUCAACUCUUUGAAUAA